AUUCAUUAACAACUGUGUAAACGGCAGCCAUAGCUACAAACGCGUCACGAAAUUCAUAAUUUAACGCUUCCAAGGCGAGCGAAGAAAGAUUGUCCAAUCGAUGCGCUCGUAACACCACACUCGCUUCGUUCAUGCGCAAAUCGAGGGACAUCAUUAUCAACAUGUCGGCGAAAGAAGAAGUGCGGAAGAGAUCGCGGAAUGAAACUCCUUCGUGGGCGCCCGGACAGCCUGAUUAUGACCCAAACCUGCCGUACGGGCCUAAAGUUUACCUUGCUCGUAAAAAGAAACCGGACCCAUGGUGGGUGACCUGUAUUGAGGUUGCAGUUGUCGUAGGCGUGCUCCUGUUUUUUGUUUACAUGUAUUACUACAUGGAACAUCUUCAUUUUCAUGUGGUGCGAGCAUAUGCUUAUGUCGGCAGCUCACACGCCCAACACCACCUUGGACAUAAAUUCCUUAAAGGACAUGGGACAUCAAAGGAUGAAAAUCAAGCAAUGUACUGGUUCAGAGAAGCAGCAAAAAAUGGACACCCCCAUGGGGCAUAUAAUCUCGUUGCCGGGCACAUUCAAGGAUACAACACAGAUGUCGAAGAGCAUGAGGUUGAACCAUUGCUUCAGAUGGCGGCAGAUAAUGGGGUCGAUGAAGCCAAGCAAGCAUUAAAGGACCUCUACCCCCAUAAAUACAACACCUAACACUACCUCCACCUGGGAUUGGAGUGUUCAAAUAGCUGUUGCAAGUACUUUUUGUCAGUGCAAUUGAAAAAUAUUUAAGCAAUAGAGUAAAGUUCUUGUCAUGAGUGAAAUGAUAAAAAGCAUCAGAUCUUCUAUUCUAAUUUGCUGAUUGCUUGAUAGAAGAUAUGAAGCAACAUAGAACGCAAUGGAAAAAAAGUGAAGUUAACCUGUUUCUGUUGUUUAUAUUUUAUUUCCAAGGCUUAGAAUUUAUUUUCACAAACAUCCAUAAUUAAUGAUCACAUUUUCAUUUAUGAUAAGCUAUUAUUACACUCCAAAAUAGUCAAUAUUGAUGAGUUUAUAUUUGUAAUUGGUUGUAUAAAGUAUGUUGUGCUGAAGGCAUCAUAUUUAUGUUCUUUUUAGAAAAAAAAUACAUGUGUUCAGUUAUGAUAAGGUAGAAAUUAAAUAUGACGGACAGACUUGGAAAAUCAUUUAUGGGUCUCUAAAGUACUGCAGUCGUUAAAUAUACUCCUUUAUUAUUCUAGCCUAUAAUGAAUAUAUGGGGUGGCGGCAGGGGCAAAAAGUUAGUAGUAGUAUAGAAUGUAUUUCAGCCUGCACAGCAAGUAUUUCCACAGGUCUCAGCUAAACGUUUACCAAGUGAAUAACCACUUACCUUUUUGCAUUUUCCCUUUUUUCACAUUUUCUGCUGAAACCUAUGGAAAUACUUGAUAUGGAGAUAUGCAUGAUAAUUUAAUAUCAGCAAAUUGCUUUGUUGUUGCAAGAAGUAAAUCACAAUGAUAAGGGAAAUACUAUACCAAUACCUUUGAACUAUAGCUUAUAUCCCAUCCAAAUAUAGAAUUGACAACAUUACAUGCUAUUUGUGUGUUAAUGGUUAUUCUGGAUGGACACUUUUGAUAAUUGCAUGCAGGUCUAAAUUGUGUAGCUCAUACAACAUAGGCAUGGACGACAUAGUGUAAGGAAAUUUUGAUAUAAUGAAUUUUGAUAUGAUUAUUAUAGUCCUUCUUAGGAUCAGAAGGCUUGCCAAAGUCUCCUGUGAAAUAUAUUAUUCACUCCUGGAGAACUGCAAGAAACAUGUUCUUGAAUCUAUGGUGGAUAAAUGAUGAAAGGUCACAGAACUGGGCCAUAGCAGACUGCAAAAAAUUUUUUGGGGGGAGUGGCAUGAUUCAGAGAUCAUGAGGGGCCUGGUCAUGCCCCACAAAUACAUGUGUGUACAGGUGUGUCUCAGGGCUGUACUCUCUGUUAGGUGGGGCCUUAUGUCAGAACUCAGAGUUCUUCUAAGUCAACAGCGGUCUAGGAGAAAGUAGGGUUAGAAGUGUUAUUCUGACUAGCAUCUGCACUAUGUAUGAAUUGUAAUAAAAAGAAAUCACUAUAAAGUU